AUGACGUCCGUCACAAAGCGGCUCAAAAAAGCUGCUCGCAUCAUUCUCAUUGGAGCUCCCGGCGUGGGAAAAGGCACACAAACGGAGAGAUUGCUUGCGCGAUUCCCACAGCUAGCUGCUAUCAGUUCGGGGGAUUUAUUACGAGAGAAUGUGCGAAAGAAGACUGCGCUAGGUCUCCAAGCUGAAGCGCUCAUACAAGCUGGAAAUCUUGUCCCUGACGCCGUCAUGCUCGAUCUCAUCUCUUCGGAAUUAGUUACCAAGGGCUGGCUGAAGCCAUCCGAACCUUUCGCAACGCAACAAUCCUCUUCAUCUUAUAAUCAACAUAACAAACCACCAUCAAUAGCACCCUCCGCCUCAUUCAUCCUAGACGGCUUCCCUCGAACCGCCGUCCAAGCCAAUAGCCUCGACAGAAUCCUACCUAUAAACUUCGUCGUACACCUCUUCACACCCCCCUCAGUCAUAAUAUCCCGAAUAACAAAGCGCUGGGUCCACGCGCCCUCCGGACGAGUCUACAAUACAGAUUUUAACCCGCCCAAAGUCGAGGGCAAGGAUGACGUUACGGGGGAAUCAUUGACGCAAAGAGCGGAUGAUUCGAUAGAUACAUGGAAACAGCGAUUGAGGAAAUUCGAGGAGUCGAGCAAGACGCUAAUUGAGCAUUAUGAGCGGCAGGGUUCGCUGUGGAGGGUGGAAGGGGAUUCGAGUGAUGAGAUUAGUCCAAAAUUGUUUGCGGAGAUUGAGAGGAGAUUUGCUUGA